AUCUCUCAACAUCAAUAACUAGGCGCCAGCUUUGCCUAAAAAAAGAACCCCCCUUUUUUUUUCUUCACAUUGUUAUCUUUCUUUAUAAUAUGAUAAUUUUCAUGGGUGGCAUGUACAAUAUUGAGGGAAUCAAAAAAUGGAUUUGGGUCUGAAUGUUCCUUUAUUCUUGAUAUAAAAAUGGGGUUUGUUGAAUUUUUUGAAUGAUUAAAGAAAAUGGGGUUUUUUGGAAGUUUAUUAGGAAUUCUUGGUUUUGGAGUUGGAAUUUCGAUUGGUUUGAUUGUGGGGUAUUUUUUGUUCAUAUACUUUGAGGCCAGAGAUGUUAAGGAUUAUCCAGAAAGUUCACCAUUUGAUGAAAUUGAGCCAAACUCAUUAGUUGAUCUUCUACCUGAACUUCCCUUAUGGGUGAUGAAUCCAGACUACGAGCGGGUUAACUGGUUCAAUGAGUUUAUAGCUAAUAUGUGGCCUUAUCUUGACAAGGCAAUUUGUGGAAUUAUUAAAAGCACAUCCGAACCUAUUUUUGCAGAGUAUAUUGGAAAAUAUCAGAUAAAAUCUAUCGAGUUUGAGCAACUUACUCUUGGAACAAUUCCUCCUAGAUUGCAUGGUAUUAAAGUAUAUGAUUCCAAUGAAAAGGAGCUAGUAUUUGAGUUUGCGGUCAGAUGGGCUGGAAAUCCAAAUAUAGUUGUGGCAUUGAAGUUAUUAUCUCUAAAAAUCUCGGCACAGUUGGUAGAUUUCCAAGUUGCUGCUACAGCAAGGGCGACACUGAAACCUUUUGUCCCAACCUUCCCAUGCUUUUCAAACAUAGUAGUAUCAUUGACAAAGAAGCCAGAGGUAGACUUUGGGCUAAAAGUAAUUGGAGGAGAUCUCAUGGCAAUCCCCGGUUUACACCAUUUUGUUCAGGAAACUAUAAGCAAGCAAGUCGCCAGACUUUACCUCUGGCCACAAACACUUGACAUACCAAUUCUUGACAGUUCAAUAGGAGCUGUGAAGAAGCCUGUUGGAAUACUACACGUGAAGGUUCUGAGAGCGCAGAAACUUUUGAACAUGGACUUUUUGAGUAAAUCAGAUCCAUAUGUUAAACUCAGCUUAGGUGGGGACAUGCUUCCAGCAAAGAAGACUACUGUAAAGAUGAACAGUCUAGAUCCCGUGUGGGAUGAGGAUUUCAAAUUGACCGUUAAGGAUCCCGAGGCUCAAGUUCUGCAGCUGCAUCUAUAUGACUGGGAAAAGAUUGGGGCACAUGACAAGUUGGGAAUGCAAGUAGUGCCACUGAAAUUGCUCAAGCCAUAUGAGAAGAAAGAACUAACUCUUGAUUUGGUCCACAGCUUAAACCCAAACGACCCUCAGAAUAAGAAGCCGCGAGGCCGACUUAUGUUGGAAAUGUCCUUCAUCCCUUUCCAAGAAGAUAGUAUAAAGUUUAGUGGACCUCUUAGUUUUCACGAAAGAAAGGAGAGUAUUUCAAGCCUUUCAGAUGACAUUUCCUUACGUGGAGCAGGUUUGCUUUUGGUUACCGUUAUUGCUGCUGAAGAUGUAGAAGGGAAGAACCAUACCAAUCCUUAUGCAGUCGUAGUGCUUCGAGGAGAAAAAAAGAAAACUAAGGCAAGGAACAAAACGUGGAAUCCAAAAUGGGAAGAAGAAUUCCAGUUUAUGUUGGAAGACGCUCCAUUGAAGGAGCUAAUCCAUAUUGAAGUCAAGAGCAAGAAGAGAAGAUUUGGUUUUAGGUCUAAGGAGUUACUUGGCUAUGUCGAUAUCCAACUGAAGGAUGUUAUCUUCAAUGGACGUAUCAACGAGAAGUACCAUCUCAUCAAUUCUAAAGAUGGGAUUUUACAUGUUGACAUCAGAUGGAAGGUGAUCUAACAACUGCAGCCUUCUCUGUAUUCGGAAUUAUCCAUUUUGAUAUUAAUCACAUUGAGCUUAAAUGAUGAAGCGAGGAUUCAUAUAGCCCACCUAGCUUGUUUGGGACUGAGGCGUAGUUUGGACGGUCUUUCUCCUAGUAGUUGUUGUGUUUCUCAAAAUCAUAGCACAAUGCCCAGUUUUUUUUGUUUGUUUAUAAACCAUGAAAAGAAAUGCAUACAAACAUAACAUGCACACAUAAGCAUGUUUAUUACUAGUACUGUUAUAUACCUUUUAUCUUCUCUUGUCAUGUAUAUACUUGUUUGGGUAUGUCAGUAUCAAUUCAAUAAUGAAUAAACUACAUCUCAAGUUUACUUAGUUGAGGUCGAUUAUAUGAA